UAUUUACAAAGACAAACGAGCCUAGCCCCCUUCCAAUCUGUUUCUUAUUUCAAAGUUAAAGCCACAGAAGACAUUAGAGAACAAACAUCCAUGGCGGCAACUACAACUACCUCCCACUUCUAUCCACCCUUUCACUCUCCUUCAUUUUCCAAUACUGACACUCACAGACCCUCUCAUUCGAAUCUCUGUUCUAACACCCACAAACCCUUUUCUGCUUCCAAGAUAUACCCCUCCAUCAUUCUCUCCAGGUCAAGUACCAAAAUUUCAGCACCAAAGUGUGUAUACAAGUCUUUGGUGGUUUCAGGGCUGGUAAAUGGAAACUCUGAAACUCACCCAGAAUCUGAAUCAACCGUUUCAAACUCGGAUGCAACUAUUGACAUAAAGUUACCAAGAAGAAGUUUGCUUGUGAAAUUUACUUGCAAUUUGUGUGGUGAGAGAACACAAAAGCUUGUAAAUCGACUAGCCUAUGAAAGAGGACUUAUAUAUGUACAGUGUGUAGGGUGUCUUCAGUAUCACAAGUUAGUCGAUAAUCUCGGCCUUGUGGUUGAGUAUGACUUACGAGAGGAAAUUAGUGCGGACGAGAACAAAGAUGAAGUUUGAAAUUUUGUUAUGUUGUUUUGCUAAGUUGGAUCAUGAUUGUAAUUCAAACUCAUCUUCAUAAAUAUAUUAACCAUGAAAGAAUUGAAGAAAUACAAAAAUAAACAAAAUCGAAAAAAAAAAAAUAACAUCACUGUUGAAUCA